AUGAACUGCUUGAAAACGUUACCUGAAGAAGCACAUAGCCAUUUGAUGUUUCUUUCAGUGCUAAAUAUAUUUCUGUCCAUUUCCGCAGCUCUGGGAAAUAUUCUGAUUCUAGUUGCUUUGCGCAAGGAAUCUUCACUUCAUCCGCCGUCCAAACUUCUGUAUCGUAAUUUAGCGAUAACUGAUCUCUGCGUUGGUAUCAUCGUGGAGCCUGCCGCUAGUUUGUAUUGGAUAUCUGAGGCGACAGAAUGGUGGGAUAUUUGUCAGUUCGUCUUCGACUUGUCAUCUGUCACGGGCUUUGUUCUGUGCUCAGUGUCUUUGAUGACAGUAACUGCAGUAAGCAUUGAUAGACUUCUUGCACUGUUGCUGAAGCUCAGAUACAGACAAGUUGUAACCUUAAGGAAAAUAUAUGCCACAUUAACAAUUUUUUGGGUUGGCUCCAUUAUCCCUGGAACAGUGCACUCUGUGUACCCUCUUGCAACUUCCUGGUGGGGUAACAUCGGUACAUUAUUGUGUCUCGUCUUCUCAACCUUGUCUUACACGAAAAUAUUUUUUACUCUGCGUCAAAACCAAAUCCAGGCACAGAAACAUGACUCGGAAGCACAGUCAACCCACUCAACUCCACUGAACAUGGCUCGAUACAGAAAGGCAGUAUCAAGUGCUUUAUGGGUACAACUGGCAUUAGUUGCUUGUUAUCUGCCGUAUGUUGUUGCGGUAGCUAUGACGCCCCAUGGAGACUCUUUUCCAUAUUACCUUGCUAGACAAUACGGGAGCAUUUUUCUUUACUUAAACUCGUCGUUAAACCCGUUCUUAUAUUGCUGGAAGAUCAAAGAAGUUAGACAAGCGGUGAAAGAAACACUCAGACAAGUUUGCUGUCCCUUAGUUUAAAUUCUAUGUCUCUCAUACUGAAUCAUCAUGCUUUUUUCUCUAAUUUUCAUUAUCUUUUUAAUCGUUUUUCUACUAUUGUAUCUGUCUUAAUAGUUUUUAAUUAUAAAAGGUGACCCUUUUCCGUUUGGGAAACCUCACGCAGGUUAUUAACAUGCAAACUGCGUCGCAAGAGGUCGGGCACUGUUUUGAAGUAACGCCCUGAGGACAUUUAGUGGAUAAUAAGAUAUUUACAUUAUGUCAACCAAUCGCUUGUUAAUUGGGCGUCGCCCAGCUCGCUUGUUUUGAUUCAAAGUUGCAAUAGGCACGCAAUACGUGCGAACGUAAACAAGCCAAGCGACGCGUUUAGAACGUCCGCCGCGCGAUCACGACACAGCAUUUAUCUUCGUUACACACUGGACAAAAGGACUAAUGAACUAGCGAUGGUGGUGAAAGACAUUCGUGCGUUAAGGGACUCAUUCGAGCCCUGAUUGGAUGAAGUGUGAUGGAAAUUUGCAUGGACCGAGAUUAAAAACUCUAGUGUUAAAAAAUAUAAGUCAGAACAGUUUAGAACUUGGAAGGACUUGGACAGAGAGACAAUUUUCGUUUAUUCGAUUAAUAGUUUUUGAAUUCGCUUGGUAGUUUGUUUGUGAAUUUGAAUUCGGUCAAAUUGUAAAAUUCGUAGCUAAGAGUUUGUGUACAAUUUUUGAAUAUAGUUCAUUCUCGUGAACACACACCUCCUACAGAUAACGCGCGGCAAACACUAAAUCGGCAAUAUAUAAAUCAAACGUAAAGAAAAAAAAGGUACACUGAGUAAAACAAACUAUUAAAAAAUUCAAAUUUAGAGGACGUAAAACCUGCUUUGCGCCAUUUAUAGAUAUUGCAUUCACCACGUUAGAAACAAGAAGGAAACUGGAACCGAGAUGCGUCCCGCAAUCGUUUCUGGGAUCGUUACUGGAGACACUGCGCAUGUCAGCUCAGGCCUUUUCGUUUGCCAGUCCCUAGUAAAAGUCCCAGUAGUCUUUGUGAAAGUUAACUCGUCCCAGUUUCCUUCUGACUUCUCAAGUGGCGAAUUCUGGUCAAACGAGUUUGCGACUCAUAACAUUCAGCUGCCCCUAACAGAAAACAAAACAGCUUACUCAAAUUGCUGCUGAGCAACAUGAUGAUUACAAAUAAUAUAACCAGAGAAGAAAAUCAAACAACGAUCGAACAACAAUACUGCUCAGCACAAUUAGGUGGAAAGGUACACGGAUAUUUAAUAUUACUGUCUGUGAUAGACACCUUCCUGUCCAUUACCGCAUUUCUAGAGAACAUUCUGAUUCUAGCAGCUCUGCGCAAGGAAUGCUCACUUCAUUUGCCGUCCAAACUCCUAUUAUGUAACUUAGUGAUAACUGAUCUCUGUGUUGGCACCAUCGUGCAACCAGUUGCUGCUACUUAUUGGAUAUCUGAGGUUAUGAGGCGAUCGAAUAUUUGUCACUACGCCCUAGGCUUUAGAUAUGUCACAGGCUUUGUUUUGUACGCAGUGUCUUUGAUGACGAUGACUUCAAUAAGCGCGGACAGACUUCUCGCCUUGUUGCUUGGCCUCCGAUAAAGACAAGUUGUAACAUUGAAAAGAACAUACAUAACUAUAACAAUCCUUUGGGUUGGUUGUAUCGUCGCUGGGACAAUGUAUUUUGUGAACCCCCUUGUAAAUUCCUGGCUCGGCAACUUAGGUAUACUACUCUGCAUAGUCAUCUCAAUCGUUUCUUAUUCAAAAAUGUUCCUUACACUUCGUUACAACCACAUUCAGCCACAGCAACGCAUCUCGCAAGCACAGUCAACCCAAGCAACUCCACUGAACAUGGCUCGAUACAGAAAGGCAGUAACUAGUGCACUGUGGAUACAAGCAACUUUGGUAGUUUGUUGUUUGCCUUAUGUUUUUGCUUUUAUUAUAACACCUCAAGAAGACCCUUUACCCUAUUUCAUUGCUAGACAAUUUGGGCUGGUAUUUCUUUACCUAAACUCUUCAUUAAACCCGUUGUUGUACUGCUGGAAAAUCAAAGAAGUUAGACAAGCAGUAAAAGACACAAUCAAACAAGUUCCCUGUUCGAUCUUCUAAUUUAUACUCUUUUCAUGCUGAGAAUGUCCUUGUUAUUUGUUAAGUUAUCUUUUAUUUGUUGCGUUUUAGAGAUUUUGAACAGUGUUAACAGUGAACGACAUUUAAGUUGAUUCUCUUCAAUCUCAUUGUUGUUCAUUUCAUACAAAAUAUGAACCGUAUUGAUAUAAAAAAGAGGUACUUAGAGCUGAAGCUAACUACACACAUCGGAAACAGUCAGGCUCUUUUAACCCGAGACUAAAACCUCAGACCCAAGAAAAAGAUAUAACAACCAGCAAGCCUACAGAGGGUUUUUGACCCCUGACCCGCAGUCAUCUUGGUCUUCUUUAUAAUAAAGGAAACGGUUGCAUAAAAAUAGAGUUCAGCUUAGUUUUCAGUGGACUGCUUUGGUUCUCCAACAUGGUCGCCAUCUGUUUGUUUACUCCUCCAACAUGCCCGCCUUGCUCAACAAAAUAAUUUUUAAGAAGAAAUUCAGGAUAUAAAAAUUAUAAGUUUUGCAUCUGACUUGCAACCACUUUUUUUAACAUAGUUUGUUUCGUACUUUCUUUAAAAAUUAAUAACGGGUUUGGUAAUUACUAUUUGUAAACCGAAAAGGGAAAAUUAUACAAUAUGUAAUAUUUUUAAAAUUGCCUAUCAGAUGAGGAAACGGUAUUGAUUAGCGUUAAUCAGGGAAACUCUACUGAGUCAUACUCAGUUUACUUUCAGAGAUGGUCUCAUACUAACUGGAGUAUCGUCAUAAUAAAGCCGAUUUAAGAAAAAUUUGAACUUCUUUAUAUUAUUCAGAGUAGUGAAGGGAUCACUUAUCUAGGGAAACCUCAGGAAACGUCGUGUAAAUUGCACCACAAGCAGUCGGGCACUGCUGUACAGUAUGACUGAGGCGACUUCAGGUCAUGUAGCGGAUAAUAGGAUAUUUACAUUGUGUCAUUCAAUAGCUUGGUCAGUAGAAAAACAUACUGAGCGAUCGUAAAGCUUAAGCUGCGUGUUUUACAGGUAUUGCAUUGGGGUAAAGUGGGUCUGCGAUAUAAGACCCAUAUCCGACAGCUGUCCUUAUAAGAAAAAGAUACAGCUUACUUAAAUUGUAGCAACAUGAUCACAAACUUUACGGGAAAGGAAAGCCACGUAACGAUCGAACAACUAUACUGCUCAGCACAAUUAGGUGGAAAAGUUCACGGCUAUUUAAUAGUACUCUCUGUGAUAGAUAUAUUCCUGUCCAUUACCGCAAUUCUGGGGAAUAUUCUGAUUCUAGCUGCUCUGCGCAAGGAGACUUCACUUCAUCCACCGUCCAAACUCCUAUUACGUAACUUAGCGAUAACUGAUCUCUGUGUUGGUAUCAUCGUGGAACCUCUUAGUGCUAUUUAUUGGGCCUCUGAGGCAACUGAACGCUGCCAGAAUAUUUGUCGCUACACCUCAGACUUUAGAUAUGUUACAGGCUUUGUUUUGUGCGCAGUGUCCUUGAUGACAAUGACUUCAAUAAGCGUGGACAGACUUCUCGCCUUGUUGCUUGGCCUCCAAUACAGACAAGUUGUAACAUUGAAAAGAACAUACAUAGCUCUAACAACCCUUUGGGUUGGUUCUAUCGUCGCUGGGACAAUAUACUUUGUGAAGCCCCUUGUAACUUCUUGGCUCGGCAAUAUAGGUAUACUACUCUGCAUAGUCAUCUCAAUCGUUUCUUAUUCGAAAAUUUUCCAUACCCUUCGCCACGUCCACAUUCAGCCACAGCAACGCAUCUCGCAAGUACAGUCAAACCAAGCAACUCCACUGAACAUGGCUCGAUACAGAAAGGCAGUAUCAAGUACACUGUGGAUACAAGUAACAUUAGUUGUUUGUUGUCUAACUUUUUUUUUCGCUUUAAUUAUAACACCUCAAGGAGACCCUUUACCAUAUUAUCUUGCUACACAAUUUGGGCUGGUAUUUCUUUACCUAAACUCUUCAUUAAACCCGCUGUUGUACUGCUGGAAAAUCAGAGAAGUCAGACAAGCAGUGAAAGACACCAUCAAACAAGUUUCCUGUUCGUUCUUUUAAUUUAAUUAUACUCUUUUCAUGCCCAGAAUUUCCUUGUUAUUCGUUGAGUUAUCUUUUUUUUGUUGCGUUAUAGCAGCUUAUAGCGGUUUUGAACAAAGUUAACAGAGAACGACAUUCACAUCCAUCUAGCCAAUCUCAUUGUUCUUCAUACCAUACGAAAUCCCAAACGUAUUGGAAUUAAAAAUAGAUAUUUGGACUUGAAGCUAACUACAAAAAUCGGAAACAACUGAACCAUACUCUUUAUUAUAACCACAGUCAAUUAAAGUGGAAUGUUUUGGAAACCCUUUGUUAUAGGUUUUUGUUAGCUUUUUUGGACCUGACCGUGAACAACGUUCAAUAACAUUCCUAUCAUUUUGAAGUUAUUGACCAAUAGAAACAUUGAAUUGAUUUAUUCAGUCGUAAUCUGUGAACAGGAAACAAAGGAUUGUGCACGGCCAGGGAGCUUCCAAAAUAACCUACAGCACCACUGUUUUCAACUUUGACGUUUGCCGGGUUUCCUAACCAGUCUCCUCUACUAACUAUGUUAUAACCCGAGACUAAAGCCCCAGACCCAAGAAGAAGAUAUAAUCGUGAACCAGCAAGCCGAUAGAGUGUUUUUGGUCCAGUGACCUGCGGCCAUCUUGGUCUUCUUAAAAAAGAAAGGAACAGAUGCAUAAAGAUAGAGUUCAGUUUGCAGUGGACUGCUUUGCUUCUCCAACAUGACCGCCUGAUCUGUUUGUUUACUCCUCCAACAUGCUCGUCUUGAUUAAAAAAAAUAUUUUUUUGCGAAGAAAUUUAAGAAGAAAAAACCACAAGUUUUGCAUCUGACUUCCAAACAUUUUUUAAACAUAGUUUCCUUUGUAUUUUCUUUAAAUAUUAUUAUUGAGUUUGGGAAUAACAAUUUGUAUACAAUAUGUAAUAUAUAAUUGCCUAUAAGAUAAGGAGGAAACGGGAUUGAUUAGGGUUAAUCAGGGAAACUCUCCUGAGUCAUUCUUUACUCUCAGAGAUGGUCUCAUACUAACUCAGGUAUUGUCAUUAUGGAGCAGAUUUUAAAAAAACACUUUUAAGUCUUUUUUUUAAUCUAAAGAAGUUUAAAAACUUCUUUAGAUUAGUCAAAGUAGUUAUAUCAUCACUGAUCUAAGGAAAUCUCAGGAAAUUGCAUGUAAACUGCACUACAAGCAGUCGGGCACUGCUGUGAAGUAUGACUGAAGCGACCUCAGAGCAUAUAGUGGAUAAUAAGGGCCUGUUUUCAUGAAGGUGGGGGACCCCAGGUAGGUGAUAUAACCCGCUUAGAUUGGUAACCCACCUGUCCGUAUAAUCUCUCAUUUUAAUUUGAUCACGUUUACAUGAUAGAUGGGGUGACCCGCCGUGGGUUACCUCACCUAUCUGGGGUCCCCCACCUCCAUGUAAACAGGCCCUAAGAUAUUUACAUUAUGUCAAGUCAACCAAUUCAACCAAUAGCUUGGUCAGUAGAAAAACAUACUGAAUAGGACGAAAAACUUGCUCUGCGCAUAUUGCAGUAAAGCGAGUUUGCGAUAUUAUACCCAUAUUCGACAGCUGCCCUUGUAAGAAAACGACACAGCUUACUUAAAUUGUAGCAACAUGAUCACAAACUUUACCGGGAAGGAAAGCCAGAUAACGAUCGAUCAACUAUACUGCUCAGCACAAUUAGGUGGAAAAGUUCACCAAUAUUUAAUAGUACUGUCUGUGAUAAAUAUAUUCCUGUCUAUUACCGCAUUUCUGGGGAAUAUUCUGAUCCUAGUUGCUCUGCACAAGGAAACUUCACUUCAUCCGCCGUCCAAACUCCUCUAUCGCAACUUAGCGAUAAGUGAUCUUUGUGUUGGUAUCAUCGUGGAACCAGCAGCUGUUUCUUAUUGGAUAUCUGAGGUGAUAGAACGAUCGGAUAUUUGUUUAUACGCCUUAGACUUAGCAUAUGUUACAGCCUAUGUUCUGUGUUCAUUGUCGUUGGGGACAACAACUUUUAUAAGCGUGGAUAGACUUCUCGCCCUGUUGCUUGGCCUCCGAUACAGACAAGUUGUAACUUUGAAGAGAACAUAUCUAACUAUAAUAUUCCUUUGGGCUAUCUCCAGUUUCGCUGCAACAACGUACUUUGUGAGCCCCGUUGCACACCCUUGGUUUGGAAACAUAGGUCUAUCACUCUGUUUAGCCAUCUCACUCUUUUCCUAUACAAAAAUUUUCCUUACCCUGCGUUACAACCACAUUCAGCCACAGCAACACGUCUCGCAAGCACAGUCAAACCAAGCAACUCAACUGAAAACGGCUAUAUACAAGAAAGCAGUGGUCAGUGCAUUGUGGAUACAAAUAACGUUAGUAGUGUGUUGUCUGCCGUUUUUUUUCGCUUUGAUUAUAACACCUCAAGGAGACCCUUUACCAUAUUACGUUGCUAGACAAUUUGGGGCUGUAUUUAUUUACCUAAACUCAUCAUUAAACCCGUUGCUGUACUGUUGGAAGAUCAAAGAAGUCAGACAAGCGGUGAAAGACACAAUCAAACAAGUUCCCUUUCGGUUAUUUUAA